AUGGACGAGUUUGACAACACAUUCUGCGAAGUCACUGCCCGACCAUGCAGUCAUGAGAAGUCGUCCAAUUUGAGAUUAUACGCCAGAUGCCUUGUCAGGUAUCCUGCUGUCAAACACGUGUUACCUUGGGAAUGCUUCGAUGUUGGAAUGUCGGAGCUCGACCACGGGUCAAUUGCGGUAUGGACUAUGGACACCGGUACCUGGGCACACUCCGCGACCAGCGUCAUUGUCAUUUUGCACACUGCAUGGCUCAGUCUCACCGUGUUCAGGACGUCUUGA